AUGUAUAAUCUGGUCUUAGAGAUUCAAAGUAGACCUUCCAAUUGUUGUGGACACAUCACUAAUGAGGCUACUCGUUGUGAAUAUAUUUUCUGUAUCAUUUAUGAAGUAGUAUCAAUAUAUGGAGGUGAAAUAAAGGUUUAUCCUCAGUAUGAAAUAUCAGAAAGUUAUGGUAAAGGUCCUGUUGAUUGA